UCAUCUUCAGUUCGUCCACAUCGGUCACCACGGUAUGAGCUCUAGUUUAGGCUCCUAAAAGUAAAUACUAAAACACUACCCAAUCACUUGUGAUCGAUCAAUGGCUAUAGCAGCCGCAAGAGAACUGUACUAAUUGCAAGGAUAAACAAGACGGAAUAUUUGCAAAUAUUUCCAACCUUAUAGUGCGAAACUGUGUGCCUGCCUGCGAUUCAAUAUAAAACUAAAAUAAGCAUUUUCUUCUUUUCAAGAUUGGAAAAGGGAUAACUGAGUUUAUUCCAUUGUAAAAUUCAAAACACCUAAAUAUUUACUGGCGUUUCUUGUGUCAAAAAAAAAACAUAAAAUUCGUUGCAAAAUGGCGCGUGCAGCUCUGUGCAUGGCCGUCGCAUGCAUUUUCUUGCAAUGCGUCUACUCUGCUAAGUUCGAUGAGCAGAACCGUCGUCUAAUUCUCGACAUUGACGACCAAAAGACAACGAACCGUCAGUACUAUUCGUCAAACAUUGACACAAAUGCCUAUAGGUAUGGCUACGAUGUCGGCAAGACCGGCAACUUCCAUCACGAGACCCGCGGUCCCGAUGGAGUUACCUACGGCUGCUAUGGCCUGAUCGAUCCCUACCACCUCCUCCGGGCAACACACUACGUGGCCGAUGCCCACGGUUACCGCACCGUGGAGCCGGAGAAGCCAGUGGAGACAUUCCCGCCCCAUCUGUACAGCGAGACCAACGGUGGUCCAUCCGAGCCUGGCAUUGUGCUGCAGUGGGAGGAACUGUACUUCCCCAUCGGAUGUGGAAAGUUUGCGAAUGGUGCCCAGCACGGCGUCCCAUUCUUCCUAGAUGAUUUUAAGAACAAAGGCGGCAGCAACGAUGCGAUACCAUCGUUCUCAGCCAACACAAUUGUGAUCAAGGGCUCCGACCAGAAGAGUCUGCCCAUCCACAAGCCCACUGGUCCACUGGUGCCGCAGGGCACGGGGAUCUUUGGCACGGACAAGGGUCAUUCGGAUCUCAGCCAUCCCGGCGAUCAGGCGCCGUCCUUCCAUUCGGUGAACACCCUGCUACCGGGCAGCAACAAUGAUGGCCAGUACGUGCCGGAUAGUAAUCCCUAUGUCCAUGUGAUUGGACCCAAUGGCGGAAAUGGAGGCAAUGGAGGCAGCGGCUCUGGCGGCGGUUUCGGUGGAAACGGAGGAUUUGGAGGCGUUGGCGGUUUCGGACCCAAUGGCCCGGGUGGCCCGAAUGGACCAAAGGGACCCAAGGGUCCUCCGGGACCACCGGGACCACCUGGCGGCCUGGGUCCAGUCGGCGCGGGAGGAGGAGCCUCAGGAAAACCGGUCUACAAGGAUGGCGAUCGCACUGGCCUGGGCGACGGUUCCGGAAACGGUUCCGGUGAUCGCAUCAGCACCGGAAACGGUGGCGGUGCCGGUGCCGGCGAUCGUUAUAUCAGCGGAAACGGAGGCGGCGUCGGUGCCGGCGACCGUUAUGUCACCGGAAACGGUGGCGGCGUCGGUGCUGGCGACCGUUACACCACCGGAAACGGUGGUGCCGCCGGCUCUGGCGAUCGUUAUACCGCCGGAAACGGCGGUCGCUAUAACACCGGAAACGGUGGCGCUGUUGGUGGCGAUCGUACGGGCACGGGUGCCGCCAGCGGUUUCGGAAUCGAAGCCAGUGGCCAGUAUCGCCCGGAUAAUGAGGGAACCUACACGAGCACCUACACGCACACAGAGACCGGUUUUCCUGGGGCCAUUCCAUACACUCCAGAUAACGGUAAAUAUAAUGGCAAUGGCGGACGCUAUAACGGUAUUAACGAUGGUCGGUAUUAUCACGAUGAUUCGGGCAAAUAUGUUCACGUUGAAGGCCCCACUGGACCACCGGCACCCCCAUAUGUCCACGUUGUUGGACCCGAGGGAGGAUUCGGCGGAAAUGGCGGCAAGGGAGACGGCGGCGGCGUAGGCCCCGGCGGCCCAGGCGGACCUAAAGGACCCGGCGGCCCCAAGGGACCCAAUGGACCCAACGGACCCCCCGGCCCACCUGGACCACCCGGACCACCUGGACCUCCCGGACCCAAGGGACCCACUAAGCCUGGACCUUUCGGACCACCGGGACCACCGGGACCACCCGGCCCACCUGGACCCACUCGUCCUGGGCCCUACGGACCUCCCGGACCCCCCGGACCAACAGGCCCCACUCGUCCCGGACCACCAGGACCACCAGGCCCCACUCGUCCCGGACCACCAGGACCACCAGGCCCCACUCGUCCUGGCCCACCAGGCCCCACUCGGCCCGGUCCACCAGGCCCCACUCGUCCCGGCCCACCAGGACCCUCUCCCAACGAUCCUCGUUACUCGGACAAGGAGACACCCGGCUAUCUGCCACCAAACCAACCGGGUAAAAUCUCGAAACCACCUCCAUCAUACUCACAAGUCAUUGAAAUUGAACCACCAAAAACAGUCUAUAAGCCGAAUUACGAACAAAAUAAUGAUUAUGCUAUUAAGAAACCAUCCGUAACGACAAAGCCACCACUAACAUAUAUUCCUCCUUCUUUUCCCAACACUCCAAAACCCUAUGUUCCCGCUCCCGUUCCCGCUCCUCAACCGCCAUCCCAAAAAAUAACCACGACGAUCGUACAGCCAAAGGUCCCGGCUAUCACUAUUGAGAAGGAUAAGCCAAAUAAGAGCGUUACCACACCGCCAGUGACAACGGGUAAUAUUGAAAACCACACUUACUUGCCACCACCACCGCCGACUCCCAAAUACGUGACCAAGACCAAGACUCCGACUCCCAUUCCGGUGCCCACUCCGGCUCCGAUUCCGAUCCAAUACGAACCCUCGACUCCACGACCCUUCGAAAAGGUGGUGACCAAACUGCCGCAGAUCCAAUACCAUACGCCACAGGUGCCCACCGUUGUGGUGCCUAAACAACCCGUGACCGUUCCGUACAAACCCGUGACCCGACCUCCUACCGUUUACGUUGAACCCAAAGUAACGCCACGUCCCUCUCCCCCAUUGCAUGUUCCAUCGAUCAGCGAUCAGUCCUGUGUUUGUAACGCCGAUAAGACGCACUCAUCGAAAAGCACCCUUACCUCAACCACAACCACCACCACCACGAACUCCUAUCCCAAUCCCGCCUCCGUUGACUUUAAUAAACAAUUUUCCGGCUUCAAUGGACAAGCAAACUUCGGCAGCAUAAUAAACGCCAUGUCACUGACCCAAUUGCCGGUCAUACCUCAGGCACCCGGACAGCCGGCCUUCUAUCCGCCGGACAAGAUUCCCAAGGGAGCUGUUAUCGCCCUAAUGCCCGUGGUCAUCCUGCCGCAGGAGUACUACUCGAACUGUGAGGAGAACUCGAUUAACCAACUCACGAACAUCGAUUCCUUCCCGCUGGGCGUUCAGCCUGGUGUAUCCUUCAGCCUCCACUCGGUGCUGACUGGUUCGGCUCCCAAGGAUCAGUGCAUGUGCCCAUGCUCGUGCACCCAGAAUCUGCCCAACAGACUACACAAGAAACGCGAAGCCACCGAUACUGAGGCACCACUCGAGGAAAAGGCUUCCGAACCCGUAGCCGCGGCCUCCGAAGAGGUGAAGACCCUGGUCGAACCCGUGCCAGCCGCCGCCGAAGAGGUGAAGACCCUGGUCGAACCCGUGCCAGCCGCCUCCGAAGUGUCCAAGGCUGAGGUCGAACCAGCAGCCGCCUCUGAAGUGUCCAAGGUUGAUGUCGAACCAGCAGCCGCCGCUUCCGAGGAGGUUAAAGCCGCGGUGGAGCCCAAGCCCGUAGCAUCCGAAGAGGUUAAGGCACCGGCUGAAUCCGUUCCAGCAGCCUCCGAGGAAGUUAAAGUGAAAGUUGAGCCCGAAGCAGAGAAAGUCCUGGCUGACCCCAAACCCGAAACCAAGGUGACUAGUGAGACGAACUGAGACAAGGACGAGAGGACAAUCAAAUUCCCCUCCCAGAUCCCGCUUAAAUCCCAUCCCAACCUCGAUCCUACCUCCAACCCGAACAACUAAACCUAGUCUAAGUGUUUUUAGUGUCUGCCAGGCAGGGCCAAACAGCAUUUAAGAAGCGUUAAUCGAAUGGAGAACCCAGUUAAUGUGUUCGCUACCUUGAGUUAAAUUUCGAAAUCGAUGUUAAACAGUUUUGGUAAAUGCACUCCAAACCGCCUGUCCACGAUGAGUUUCGGAGCUCUCUAAUGUAAUAUCUCUGUCAAACUCUAUUUGUAAUCUAAACAUUUCCUGCAGAGAGCACUGUAAAUUGGC